AUGUUUCGAUUCUCUUCCAAUAUUUAUAAAAGACUUGCUGAGACUACGAAUAUUCGCGGACUCCAUUCAUCAAUUCAUCCAUUGGCCGGGCAUAGUAAAUGGGCAAAUAUAAAGCAUAAGAAAGCAGCAAAUGAUGCUGCUAAAGCAGCUAUUUCUUUUAAGAUGUCGUCGAAAUUGACGAUGCUUGCUAAAAUAGGUGGAGCAGACUUGUCCAAGAACAUUGAACUCAGUAACGCUAUCGAUCAAGCAAAAUCUAUGAAUAUACCGAAAAAGGUGAUUGAAACAGCCAUAAAGCGAGGAACAGGAGAGCUCAAAUCGCAGGACAGAAUGGAGACAGUUACAUAUGAAGGUAUGGCACCUGGUGGGGUAGCAAUCGUUGUUGAGGCAAUCACAGAUAACAAAAACAGAACAUUGGGGUCCCUCAGGCCCUGUUUCAACAAAUACGGUUUGAGCAUGACUCCUACAACCUAUAUGUUUGAUAAAAAGGGAAUGAUCUUGAUUGAUAUAGAGAAAUCGGAUUUCGAUUCUGUUUUCGAGAAAAUUUUAGAGCUGGGAGCUGAGGAUAUACUAGAAGUUGACGAAGAAAGUAACCUCGUAGAAGUGAUUACCGAUCCCGCGGAAUUUGGAAGGAUUGCAAAUGAACUGAAAAAUGAAUACAAGAUCAGGGAGAUGCAGAUUGGCUUUAUGCCAAAAGCCGAUAUGGCGACUUCCAUUACCGAUGAAGAGAUAAGAAUCGUUUACGAGAAAUUUAUCGCAAGCAUAGAGGAUCUUGACGAUGUUACACAAGUCUAUACCAAUUUGAAGGAUGACAAAAGUCGUUAA